AUGAACGCCUACCAGUACCCUCCUCAUCAGCAGCAGCAAUCUCCUCAACAUCUUAAUUCUCAGCAGCAGCAGCAACAACAUCACCAAUCUCAAUCUUCACCGACUGCAGCGGUGAACCCGAAUCAGGCUCAGUCGCACGGUAGUGGUAUUAAUCCUGCCAUGCUUCAGGGCGCGCAGCAUGCGUCCGCACAGGGUGGUGCGGGCGGCCGUAUGCCUGGCGCGGCUGCUGGUAUGAGCCAGCAGGCGCAGAUGCUUGCUCGUCAACAACAGAUGAUGGCGGGCAUGGGUGGUGGUGGUGGUGGUGGAAUGGGUGGUAUGAACGGUAUGGCUAGCUUAAGUGGCAUGGGCAACAUGUCUGGUAUGGGAGCCGCCAGUGGUAUGGGGGGUAUGAGUAACAUGGGGAACAUGGGCAUGCCGAAUGGCGCGAUGAACAUGAAUAUGGCCAACCGUAUAAAUAGUAUGAACAUGCCUGGCAUGGGAGGCAUGAGCGGUAUGGGCAUGAAUAAUAUGGGAUCGAUGGAUCUCUUCAAGCCAAAUAACGUUCCUGGAGGCGCAGGUGGAGGAUCUGGAGGAAUGAACAUGGGCCUCGACAACGGCAUGACGAUUAACCCUGCCAUGCUUGGCUCGGCGAAUCCGAAUGCAAACGGUGGUGCAGGGAUGUCACCUCAGGAUUUGCAGAAGGUGAUGGCGGCACGACAGGCCGCGCUCGGUAUGAGCGGAAUGAACAACAUGGGAGGUAUGAAUAAUAUGGCUGGCAUGAACGGUAUGGGAAGUAUGGCCGGCAUGGGCGGAAUGGCAGGCAUGGGUAGCAUGGGAAGUCUCGGUGGCAUGAACGAGAUGAACGGCAUGAAUAUGGGUAUGAACAUGAUGGGAGCGAGUGCACAACAACAAGCCAUGAUGCAGCAGUACUUAGCUCAACAACAAGCUCGCCAACAGCAACAAGCCCAAUCGCAAAGCCAUUCCCCGCAGUCCGCAACUCACACUCCUGCUUCUGCUUCUGGAGGAAACCCAUACCCGCCUUUCCCUCCACAAAGUCAGUCUCAACAAAUGCAAGGUCAAAACGUUAGCGCAGGUUCAAUGCCACCGCCGCCUCCGCGUCCGAAUACAGCGAUGUCGGCCUCAUCACAACAUGGGAUCGGGAUGGGUAUUCCACGUCCGCCGUCGACCAUGCACAACCAACAGGCGAUGCAUGGUCAACAGCCGCAGCAAAUGGGUCAUGGGUCAAUAUCAAGACCUGGAACUGCUUCGGGAUUCCGACCUUCGAGCUCGGCAGGAGAAGCCCCGCGUACACCUCAUACACCGAACCUUGCAAAUCAGCAAGGCUCGGGUGGUAUGCAGAGUAUGGGCCAGGGCCAAGGCCAGCACGUACGUGAACCCUCACAUCCACCUUCGCGUCCCCAGACGGCUGCGUCAAAUCAUGGAUCUAUGCAGAGUGGCAUGAACGGUAAAUAUCCGAUGGGAGUGAGCGGGAUGGGUGGUGCUGGCGGUAUGAACAACAUGGGUAACAUGGGUAACAUGAGCAGCAUGCCAGGAAUGAACCUCAUGGGCGGCGCUGGUGGAGGAAUGAUGCCGCCACCGACUAUUCCGCGUCAAGGUUCUCUUGGUCCAUCCUCGCAACCUCAGUCGUCUAUGCAGCCUCCGAACACGCCACAUGGAAUGCAUCACAAUCAGCAACACGGCAUGAUGCCUGGCCAUGGGCAUGGUUCACCUUUAUCUGCUUCCGCACCAGGAUCUGCAGGGCUCCAGCGGACACCGAGUAUCGGCGAGGGACUCGGCGGUAUGGGUGCUGGUAUGGGUGGCGCGGGUAUGGACGACCCAAUGGGGAACAUGUCUGGUAUGAAUACGGGACUUGGCAUGGGCUCGGGUAUGUCCAAUGCAGCUAUGACGCCCGGAAUGGGGAUAGGUGUGGGUGGUAUAGGAGGAAUUGGCGUAGGAGGCAUAGGCGGGAUGAGCCAGAUGCAACAUAUGCAGGAGAUGCAGCAACGUAAGGCAAUUGCACUCAACGAGUACCAUAAACAACAAGCUGCACGACAACAGCAACUGGCACAUCAGCAGCAGCAACAACAACAUCAGGGUCCGACUCCCAACAGCGCUGCCGUUGUACCCUCUCCUGGUGCGGCGAUUCCUUCAGCAGGAAUGAGUGCGGGACCGGGAGCUGAUGCACAGGGCAUCAACAUGGCACAAGGACACGUCCCUGCAAAUCAGAUCUCUAUACCUGGUGCAGGGAUGAAUGUGGGCAUGGGUGCUAUGGGUACACCUACGCGCCCUCCUACAACUGGAAGAACAAGCAUGCCACCACCACCUGGCUCAGCAGCGGCGAUGUCCAUGGGUGGCGUCGCACCGUUGUCUGGUGCCAGUUCCGGCGUGAGCGCUGGUACUGUACCGCCGCCUGCAACAUCUGCCUCUGGUGCCUCCGUUUCCCCUUCUGUCAACGGUGCUGCUGCACCGACCUCUGCUGCCAACGGCUCUGCAUCCACGUCCUCCGCCGCGAAUGCACAGAACGCUCUUGCCGCAUCACUUCCUCCACUCCCUGCUGGUGUACUCAAUCAAGCAACGACACGCAUGACAGUUAUCCCCAUCUCCGAGUCCGCUAAGCAAAUACCCCCGUUAUCGCAAGAGGAGAUCGAAAAGGUUGCUGGGUGGUUGAAGACAGAUCGCGAGUACGAGGCACGGUUUCGAGCGAUGGUCACUCGUUCGAAGGCGGAGCUUGCUGUACUGCAACGUCCACGGUGGUGGGAGCGAGAUACGAAUCCUGCCGCGAUCGCCGCAGCGCAGCGAAGGCCGAAAGAGAAGUUUGAGCUGAGCUACCCUCAUGGUGCUCCACAGUCGCGUGAGGCUGCUGCAGCUGCCGCGAGGCGGAGGGGCCGGAGAAGAGAGGGUUUGAAGAUCCCUGGAAGGUUGAAAGAUGCGGAUGCGGAGCGAGGGGAACAGCUCGUACCGAUUCGAUUGGAGUUCGAUGUCGAGCAUCAUAAGUACCGGGAUACCUUUGUGUGGAAUUUGAAUGAUCCGAUCGUCACUCCUGAGGCGUUUGCGCAAUCUUUGAUCGACGAUUAUGGAUUGUCGUCGGGGUAUCAUUCACAGAUUACGAAGCAGAUUCAAGAGCAGUUGAGCGACUUCAAGGCGCAUACUGCUACUCUUGUGGAUGUCAGCAACGAUUUGGACCUUUCGUCCAAUGGGAUGGAUGUGAAAGCACCGCCUAUACAUGGGUUAAUCAAGGACGACAGCGAUGAAGCGAAGUUCUGGGCUUCGUGGAGAGGGAAACUGAGGACGCGGACUGGGGCUGUGAAGACGAACGCGCUUUUGAAGGAGCUUGCGGCGGAAAUGGCGAGUAUGGAACGCUCGAGAAAGAGGAAGCGGAGUGCGGUGGAGAAGGAGAAAGGCAGAGAAAAGGAGAAAGGCAAAAACAAAGACGCUACCGCUACCGCUGCGACACCAGCAACACCGGUAACAGCGGCAUCAGCUUCUGCAGAGGAGUUGAAGCCCAUUCCAGGGGCAGAUCAGAGUAUGGAUGUUGAAAUGCGUGAUGCGGAAGAGGAUAUUAUGCAUGAGGAGAUGAGGAUUGAGAUUAAGAUUGAUGUCACUGUUGGCGAGAUGAAGCUGGAUGAUACCUUUGAGUGGGAUAUCGAGAAUGCGGAUCCUACGCCAGAACAAUUCGCGGAGGUAUAUUGCACCGAUCUCGGGCUUUCUAGUGAAUUCAAGACUGCUGUUGCACACUCGAUUCGCGAGCAAGUUAGCACGUAUCAGAAAUCACUCUUCCUCGUCGGACAUCCCUCAGAUGGCUCAGCCGUACAAGACGAUGACCUGCGCAUGUCAUUCAUACCUACAGUUACCUUUGUGACGCGCCCGCUUGAUCAGACAACGUUGACCCAACCUGUUAUCAACUAUCUUAGCGACGGAGAGCUCGACCGGCUCGACAAGGAACGUGAAAAGGAGGCGAACAAGCGUAGGAAGCGUAAUACUCGCGGACGUCGUGGAAUUACACUCCCGGAUCGUGAACCGAUUAGGACUCAUCGUACUCCUGCAAUCGGUUUCCCGGAGAUUGAUCCGUCGACUCUCGCACUUGCUGCUGCUGCGGCAGCACCGACUUCACGUAGAGCCGCGGCCGCCGCUGCUUCCGUCACGAUUGCGAACAUGGUCGCAUCGGAGAAUGGUACGACUGUGCUUCCUCAGGUGACUCCACAGCCUUCUGUGCCGACGCUUCCUACGUCCAAGGUGCCGAAACCGCGUGGUUCGUUCAAAGCACCUUCAUAUCCGAGUUCGGUUCUCAAGUCUCGCGCGAAUAUUACGUCGCCGACUCCGUCGACCAUGGUGGACAGCGCUGUGCACGAGCCGCCGUUAGAGGGCGAUGCACCAUUACCAGUGUCGGCUCCUGCUACCCCUUCUGCGCCUCCGUCUAAGGCGACAAACGUUCCGAUGACAGCCCGUCGGCAACGGGAGCUGGAGAAGGAGGCCAAGGAGCGCGAGUUUGCGGAUGGACAGCGCGCGAAUAUGAUCAAUGGAGUGUGGCAUUGCUCGAAUUGCGGUUGUCCGGAUAGUGUAGCUGUUGGACGAAGGAAGGGACCGCUUGGAGAUAAGUCGCAGUGUGGUGCAUGUGGAAAAUUCUGGCAUAGGCAUCGAAGACCGCGACCCGUUGAGUAUCACACGGAUCCAGAGUAUCAUCUUAACCUGAAGAUGGAAAGCGAACGGGCGAAAGCUAGUGCUAAGAAGCGUGGUGGUGCAGCAGCCCUGCGUGCAUUGAACCAGCAGCAAAAGCAGGAUGACCAAGCAGCAACACCAGCUUCUGUACCAGAUGAGCCUGCGUCACCAGCCGCGUCCAAGAACGAGGUGUGGGUCGAGAUUAACAAGUCAACGAAAAAGGCGUCUGUUGUGGCAGAUGGACUGGAUCUUGACCGUCCGCUUUCACCGGCGUCGGAUAUUAGUUCGAGUGCGUCGGAGAAACCGCUUGCGCAGGGUUUGCUUCAGGCAAACGGGACGGCGAGUGUGAGUAGGCCUGCUUCGGCGGCUGCUACGCCGUUGAAAGGGAGCUCUGAGCUUCCUGUGCAUAAUGAAGCGUCAUCGUCUGUCACGAAACCGGCACAUGCUCCUCCAUUGAAGGAGUCGAGUUCCUCUGAGCCGCCGUCUGCUACACCGGCGAGUGCAACUCCUGGUCCAGAUUCGGCUGUAUCACAAGGUCCGCCUAUGCCCAGACCUGUUCGACCGCAAUGGCAAGAGGGUGCACUAGCUGAGAUGCAAGCUCGGUAUCCGGACGACAGGUUUGAAAUCAUCCUGCGCAAGCAAAAUAAUGGGAACCAACCGGAGUGGCGUGUCAAGUGUCUCGAUUGUCCUGGAAAAUUGUAUACUCCUGGUCCUGGCGAGUCACUGUCGAACUUUGAAGUCCACUUGAAAAAUCGACAACAUCGUGCGAAGGUGCACGGGCGUUUGCAUGGUGGAGCUGCCCAGACGUAG